GCGCAGCCGGAAACAGACGUCUGUUGAGCCAAAAUGGCGACUGUGGUCCUACUGUCUGGAGGAGUGGGUUAGCAUGAAACCUAUCCGAUUAAACCUAUUAUGACACGGCUCUUAUUAGUCAGAUUAAUCCUUUUUAUCAUUAAGAAGAGUCCGUCUAAACAAGCGGAGACGCGUUCAGAUGCUGAGGAGAGGAGAUGGCGGGCCGUAGAGUCGAGUGUUUGUGGAAACGUCACGUUAUGGAGAAGCUGAAGCAGAGAGACAGAGUUCAGUGUCAGGCCUUUGAGGAAAUCAUACACCAGUAUAACCGGUUGUUGGAGAAGUCUGAUCUUCAGGUUGUUUUUUCUGAACAUCUCCAUACCGAGAAAUAUGAGCAGCAGAACCGACAUGACCUCAGUCCGGUCCUCGGGGGCGGUCGCAGUGAUUCCCUGCAGCAGGAAAUGGCUCAGAUGAGAAUUAAACAUCAAGAGGAGCUGACGGAGCUGCACAAGAAACGAGGAGAGUUGGCCCAGAGCGUGAUUGAACUCAACAACCAGAUUCAGCAGAAAGACAAAGAGAUCCAGAGUAAUGAAGCCAAGAUGCAGGACUAUCAGCAGCAGAUCUCUCAUCUGGAAGGAGAAUGUCGCGAUCUGCGCAAUUCUCUGGCCGAUCUGGAACGAGCCAAUCAGACGCUGCGAGACGAGUACGAUGCCCUGCAGAUCACGUUCAGCGCCCUGGAGGAGAAACUACGGAAAACCACAGAGGACAAUCAGGAGCUGGUGACACGCUGGAUGUCCGAGAAAGCACAGGAAGCCAACAAACUCAACGCUGAGAACGAGAAGGACUCCAGGCGCAGACAGGCGAAGCUUCAGAAGGAGCUGGCAGACGCAGCGAAGGAACCUCUUCCCAUAGAGCCAGAUGAUGACAUUGAGGUUCUCUCAGAGGAUGCUGGGAAGGGAGCGGGUGGAGCAGGUGAAACGUCACCGAGCAGACAGAGGAGUCGCACACCCAGCAGACGAGUGUCUCAGCCUCCUGCUGCUGGACUCCUGGACUCCAUCUCUAAUAUCUUCAUCUUGUCUGAUUCUGUCCAACCUGGUUUCGUCCCAUCUGACUCCAGAAGACGUCGCUCUGUGAACUCGUUCGGCUCGUCUCCAGAAAGUGCAGAGGUGCCGUCGGCCUGCGCUGAUGUCAGAGUUCCCUCCACUGCGCUGCACGUCUUCGAUGCUCAUGAUGGAGAAGUGAACGCCGUGAGGUUCAGUCCCGGUUCCCGUCUGCUUGCCACGGGAGGAAUGGACCGCAGGGUGAAGCUCUGGGAGGUCGUUUCUGGGCGAUGUGAACCUAAAGGUGCGCUGACGGGCAGUAAUGCUGGAAUCACCAGCAUAGAGUUCGACAGUGCGGGCUCGUCUCUGUUGGCUGCGUCCAAUGAUUUUGCCAGCAGAAUCUGGACGGUUGAUGACUACAGACUGCGGCACACCCUCACAGGACACAGCGGGAAGGUUUUAUCCGCUCGGUUUCUCCUCGAUAACACUCGGAUUGUCUCUGGCAGCUACGAUCGAACGCUCAAGCUCUGGGAUUUACGCAGCAAAGUCUGCAUGAAGACUGUGUUCGCUGGCUCUAGCUGUAAUGACAUCGUCUGCACGGAGCAGUGUGUGAUGAGCGGACACUUUGAUAAGAAAGUUCGUUUCUGGGACAUCAGGUCAGAGAGUAUCGUUCAUGAGCUGGAGCUGCUGGGACGUGUCACGUCUCUGGACCUCAAUCACGACCGGACCGAGCUGCUGAGCUGCUCUCGUGACGAUCUGGUAAAGAUCAUCGACCUGCGCUGUAAUGCAGUGCGACAGACGUUUAAGGCUCAAGGUUUCAAGUGUGGUUCAGACUUCACCAGGGUCACGUUCAGUCCUGAUGGGAGUUACGUAGCGGCCGGUUCUGCAGACGGUGUUCUGUACAUCUGGAACGUUUUAACAGGGAAACUAGACAAAACCCUUGAUAAGGGUCACAGUUCUGCCAUAAAUUCGGUGUCCUGGUCUCCGUCGGGCACGUAUGUGGCCAGCGUUGAGAAAGGCAGCAAGGCCGUGCUUUGGUCUGACAUGUGACUCUGCAGCGACUGGAUGAAAUGGACUGUGAAGAUGGAAGGAAAGUCCCACUGGCCUCUUGAACUACCUUUCCCACAAUGCCAUCUGUUUGGCUAUCGGUGUACGUGUGCUGCCUGCCUGUAUGAUCGCACAGCACCGUACACGUACAUAUUUAUAUCAGCCUUCAUGUACUGUCUGUCUCUAACACACUCAAUGUGAGAUGGAAAUUACACGGGUGACUCU